CCCAGGCCUCAUGCCAUCCAGCGCCCGCCCCCCCCCCAUCCCACGACCCUCGCCCUGUGCCGGGGCAGCACUAAGAGGUGUCUCUCACUGCAGGUGAAGCGGGAGCUGGCCUCUGUGCUACUGUUUGAGUCACACCCCAAAGCGGGCACCGUGUUGUUCAGCCAAGGAGACAAAGGCACCUCGUGGUACAUCAUCUGGAAGGGCUCAGUGAACGUGGUCACCCAUGGCAAGGGCCUGGUGACCACCCUGCACGAGGGUGAUGACUUUGGACAGCUGGCGCUGGUGAACGAUGCCCCCCGAGCCGCCACCAUCAUCCUGCGGGAGGACAACUGCCAUUUCCUGCGCGUGGACAAGCGAGACUUCAACCGCAUCCUCAAGGGUGUUGAGGCCAAUACCAUGCGCCUGAAGGAGCACGGGAAGGUGGUGCUAGUGCUGGAGAAGAACCUGCAGGGAAGCGGCUCCAGCAGCCAGUCACCGUCUGCGGGGAGCAGUAGGUACUCGGUGAUGGCUGGGACCCCUGACAAGAUCCUGGAGCAUUUGUUGGAAGCCAUGAGGCUGGACGCGACGUUCUCAGACCCCCUGGAUACCUUGGUUGGGGAUUUCCUGCUGACCUACAAUGUGUUCAUGCCGACCACCCAGCUCUGCAGAGCCCUGCUGCACCAUUUCCACGCGGAGCCGUCCGAGGGCUCGGAGCAGGAGAAGGCUGUCUACUCCCUCAGCAAGCGGCAGAAGAUCCUGAGGCUGGUCAGCCAGUGGGUGCUGCUCUAUGGGCCCCUGCUGCAAGCCGACCACUGUGCCAUAACCCUGCUGCAGAACCUCUCGGAUUUCGUGAGCCGGGAUCCUCGCCUGUGCAGCCUGCUCCGGGACCAGACACAGGAUCGUCGAAGGAACAGAACACUGGAGAACGGUGGCGGAAGCGCAUCUCCACAGCCCAAGGUUCGGAGCACAGUGAACUGGAUCGCCAGCCUGGAGGAUGCCACGCUG